GAGUCGCCGCAGACACGCACAGAUACAUCUUUUCAGGAGCAAAACAAAAACAAAAAGGUUCACUUUCCAAACCGCAACGCCGUGCUGUUGCAAGCCCAGAGAAGACACGCUGGUGUUCCAAGGGCAGAGAGAGGAGGAUGAGGACUGACCCGGAAGCGCUCUCCUCUGUGAGCUGCGGGGAUUCGGCCAUCAGGUGCCGGGACGUGUGCCGGUCCUACGGCAAGCUGAAGGUCCUGAACAGCCUGAACCUGACGGUCCCCCAGGGGCACAUUUAUGGCCUGUUGGGUCCGAGUGGCUGUGGGAAGACCACACUCCUGAAAUGCAUUGUGGGAACACUGAAGAUCUCACGGGGGCACAUCACAGUUUUGGGGAAACCCCCUGCUUUCCCAGGGCAUGAGGUCCCGGGAAAAAUGGUGGGGUAUAUGCCACAGGACCUGGCCUUGUACAAUGAGUUCACCAUCAGUGACACGCUGUGGUUCUACGGCCGGAUCCACGGGCUCUCCUCCAAAGACACUCAGUCCCGUAUGGAUUUCCUCAUUGAGUUCCUGGACCUGCCUCAGAAGUCCAGCCUGGUGAGGAAUCUCAGUGGAGGACAGAGGAGGCGAGUGUCGCUGGGCGCCGCUCUGCUGCAGAACCCACAGCUGCUCAUCCUGGACGAGCCCACAGUGGGAGUGGACCCUGUACUGCGCGCCAAGAUUUGGCAGCACCUGGUUGAGAUUGUGAAAGGUGGACAGGUGUCCGUCAUCAUCACCACACACUACAUCGAGGAGGCCAGGCAAGCCAACGUGGUGGGUUUGAUGCGGAAUGGUAGCCUGCUGGCGGAGGCCCCCCCGGAUGAGGUCAUGAAGCAGCACAAUGCAGCGACGUUGGAGAGUGCCUUCCUGCAGCUGUGCGAGUCGUCGGAUCAGACCGUGUCCAAGCCCAACGGCAGCCCAGACGACCGACACAAGGAGGGCAGCCAAUCAUCUGAGAGCUGCAAGGAUGAGAGCCAGCCCAUUCUGAGCCCGGGGUCCAGACCAGGCUCGGAUGAGCCCAAACUCACAGCGGACUGGAAAGUGCGGGCACGGCACGUGCUGCCGAAAUGGCGGAACAUCGCGGCUCUGAUGAUAAAGACCAUGGUGCGGAUGAAGAGGCUGCCAGGCUUCCUGUGCUUCCAGUUCCUGCUGCCGGUGAUCCAGAUCUCUCUGAUGUGCCUCUGCAUCGGGGGCGAUCCCCGCGGCAUUCAGGUGGCCGUGGUCAACAACGAGACCAGCGAGACCUCACUGAGCCGAUCGCUGCUCUCCUUCCUGGACAACUCCAGCGUGGAGCAGGUUGUGCUACCACACUCUGAGGCGUUUGCUGGGAUCCGAGACGGCCAGUACUGGGGAGUUUUAGAAUUCGGGAAGAACUUCUCCAGCUAUCUCAUGAAGAGAAUGCUACAGAGCAGAGUUUCUCGGGAGGUAGUGGAUGGGGGAUCUGUACAUGUCUGGCUUGACCUGACCAAUCGACAAAUUGCUCUAAUGCUCCAGAAAAAGCUUCAAGAAGCAUUUGAGGCCUUUGUUCAGAAUAAACUGGGAUCCAGGUCUUACCUGGUCUCGCUGCCCAUAAAGAUUGAAGAGCCCAUAUAUGGCAGUAAGAACACUGACUUCACCACCUUCGUGACCCCGGGAGCAGUUCUGAGCAUCACCUUCUACCUGGCGGUGGGCCUGACCGCUCUGUCCUUCGUCCUGGAGAGGAAGGAGGGGCUGCUGGACAGGUGCUGGGUGGCAGGUGUGAGCUCUCUGGAGACCAUGCUGGCCCACCUCUUCUCCCAGCUCUUCGUCAUCAGCGUCCAGAUCCUGCUGAUGCUGCUCUUCAUCCUCCUCGUCUUCAAGAUCCCAAACGAGGGCUCGCUGGCCCUCGUCAUCGCACUGAUCGUCCUGCAGGGUGUGACGGGCAUCUCCUUUGGCCUGGUCAUCUCUGCCGCCAUUGACGAUGAGCAGUCAGCCAAUCAGGCAGCCCUCGGCAUCUUCUACCCCAACCUCAUCAUCAGCGGCAUCAUCUGGCCUGUGGAGUGCAUCCCGUACCCCCUGCGCUACCUGAGUCUGGCCCUGCCCCAGACCUACGCCUCCGAGGCCUUGCGCUGCAUCAUGUACAGAGGAUGGGAUCUGUCCCGAAUGAUGGUGUGGCGAGGCUUCGCGGUCACCUUAGGCUGGAACACAUUCUUCCUCAUCCUGGCUACAGUUAUCCUCAAGCUGCGGACAUGAGAACCUCAGCCCCUGACGAUGCAGCAGGUCUCGGGGAGCCAAGCUAAGCAAGUCCCAGGCUCCACGGUGCGGCCUGGGGCGCAAGCCCAGCGCUUAAGGACACUGCACCUCCUCUGAUUUACUGCAUAGCUUGGGGGGGGGGGGAUGGGGGAGGUCUCUGGACAGAGCUCCACCUAACCCCCCUCCAGGCUCAUCUAGGCUGUUAGGCCGAGGUGCUACAUAAGUACCAGAGAACAUUACCUCAGGAUCUCUGAACUCUCAGAAAACUCCUUUUUUACCAUCAUCAUUCCACACGUGCUUUGUCUCACCUACUGUGACUAAUCAAAUGCAGUAUAUCUAGCUUCUUUCCUUGAUUUGCACACGUUAUAUACAGAACACGUAUAUCUAAAUGUGAUUUGUGUGUAGAUAGGUUUGCUUUCAUAGGCUGUGAUGUUUGGAUAGGAAUCGGUCACCGCCCAUUUGUUUCUCCUGCGUUGUGCCUCUGAGAGCCGGCCGUCCUGACACCGUCCCCCCGAGGUUCUCUGGAAGCCGGUACCUUCUCCAGCUCCCUGUGGCGGCUAAUCAGUGCUGUGAGCUCACAGAGCUGCUAAAUAUUUUACUUCCUGUUCAUAAAGGGUGUAGGGCUCUCGUUCUUCAUGUGUGUACGUGCCUGUCUUCCCCGUGGAAAAGGGGAUGGGUGUUGAGGAUUGCGUGGCCUGAGAAGACUGUUAGCAAGGUCUGGCUGCUCUCGGCGCCCCCUUGUGCUGGCCAGAGGAGGGGCUGCUGGGAUAGCAGGAACCUGGGACGCCGCUCCUUGCAGCGCAGCGGUGUCCUCGUCUUUUAAUCGUUGCUUAGUGAUAGUGUGUUUGAUUCAGGUGGUGCUGAGCAGGUGUCAGUCCUGCCCUCGUGUGCCAGGGAGAAGCACCUGUGAGAAACCCAGUCAAGUUUACAUUCAGACGUCUGCACCCGCUGAGAGCUGCAGCAGAGUCUGGGCCAGGUCUGGGCACAAACAGCAAGUCCGUCUGCAGUGUUUUAUACAUACGUAUUUUUAAAUUUGGCAUAUUUAUUGUGCUUCUCCAGACUCCAAACUGUAUGUGUUCACAAAAUACACUAGCUGAUAAGUUAAAUCAGAAAUGAGUUGUCAACUUUGGGAAUUGAAUUCAUAUACUACAGAUGGUAUGAGACAGAAUUAGUUAGGGAAUAGUAAAAAAUGUGAGAUAUUAUGUUUUCAAAAUGUUUGAUAACGGAACUGAAAUGUACUGAAACGGCAGGAUCUACUGUACCGGGAUCAGAGGUCAAGAUGCAGUGCCAAAUGUCAAAUGAAAGUGAACUUUUUUGGGUUGUGGUUGAAGAAAGCUCAUUCAGUGAUUCAAAAAAAGAUGCUUGUACUGAUGACAAAACAAAAACAGAGAAAAAAGAAACAUUUGUACUCUAAACUGUGAUGCAGGAAUAGCGCUCAGCUAAUUCACCCCCCUCCCAACUCCCUACUCUGCUUUUGUGAAGCUGCUCUUCUUGCCUUUACCAGACCAUCAAUUUGCAAAGGGAUUACUCCAAAUGCUCCUCCUCCCGAUAGUGAUCAGAGACGGGAUUUCCAUUGUGUUUUCCUGUGUGUAGCUGCUCCCUGUUUCUCCCUCUGACAGUGCUAGCCCACCCCCUGCCCCCGCAGUGCUGGCUCUGAGCAGACUGCUGGCCUCAUCCCAAACCUCUGUAUCAGGCAGGAGGGGAAGACAAGCAGGUUUCUCUCGGGAUAACAGUUUGGUAACGUCAAAAAUCUGCCAAAAGUGUGAAUUUUCACCAUGUGUCAAACCGCCAUUAUGUUUGAGUGUGGUCAUUGUUAUGUAGUGAUGGGUGCCACAUUGCUGUUUCUAUUUUUUGGGUACAGACAGACAUGAUUGAGUUAAUAUACAUAACAUAAAGCCGAAUGGAUCUGUGCAGCUCCUACUUCAAACUAAUGCCUGUGAGAAAGCCAAGGAACCACCUCCUACCAGCUGAGCUCAGAAACCUGAUGGCAGACCACCUUCUGAGCUGAAGUCACCCUCUGUAUUUCUAUCCACGUGAACACAUUAUCCACAGUGUUUGAGACAGAGGAGCAACCAUCAUCCCAGUUGAAAUCUGUGAACACACCCUCAAUGGAAAGUGUUGGACCAGUCGGCUUUGGAGUGCUAAGUCUGAGUGUUCUGGAUCCCAGUCGACCAGCUACCUCUGAACUAAACUCGCUUACCCUGCCUGCUCCCACUCAGUGGCGUAACUGUUCCAUGGCAAA